CGCGGCCUGACCAUGCCGGGGACAGUUUGGUGUGGAGCGGGGAGCAUAGCAAGCAACUAUUCUCACCUGGGGACUUUCCAGGGCCCAGACAUAUGCUGCCGGGACCACGACCACUGUGACAUUCAGAUCUCUGGCCUGAAAUACGACUAUGGGGUAUUUAAUUUCCGCCCGCACACCGUCUCUCACUGCGAUUGCGAUACCCGGUUUAGGAACUGCCUGAUGAGUCUCAAUGACAGCAUUGCCGACUUCAUUGGCAAAACCUACUUCAACGCAAUGUCCGUCCCAUGCUUUGAGCUGAAGGAAGGCGAGGCUUGCGUGGAGUGGAACUGGAUGUACAUGUGUACAAAUUAUAGCCAAAUGCCUGUGGCUCACUUGGUUGAUCCAAGCCCAUAUGAACCCAUCGCGUCACCCACACCAACACUCCAGCCUGGAACUCAGAGUAGCCAGGACAGGAAGCGCAGCCAGAAGAAAUGGAAGCGGCUUAGACACACUCGCCCGGAUGGAGCUGGGCAGAGGCGCCGCCUUGGGCGCCCCGCGUCAGCCCCGGGACUCUUUACGCGCUGCCGAGUCCGACGGCAACCCCGGCCAGCGCUUUCCCACGCCCGCCGCGUGCCGCCAACCACGUCAGAGGGCGGGUGUGGCGCUGCCGGCGGGCGGCGAUUGGAGCGGGGGCGCCGCCAACCGUCCAAUGCCGGGCUCCGAGGCUAA